AUGUCUGCUCUAACACUUUCUGGCAUUAGCAGUGCUUGGUAUGCUAGCCUGCGUUACCCAGUGAUCAACCCCACCAACCGCAAAUGCUCCACGGUCCCUAUUUUAUCGCUGAACAAUCAGUACUCGCGCAAUUUCCAUCUGUCGUGGCUUGGAUUUUUUGUCGCCUUCUUGUCGUGGUUCGCAUUCUCCCCUCUCAUUCCAGAUGUCAUCAAGACUGAUUUGAAGCUGACAUCUGAGCAAGUCGGGAAUUCAAAUAUUGUUUCGCUGUGCUCCACCCUCAUUGUGCGAGUUAUAUCAGGUCCGCUUGUCGAUCGAUAUGGGCCUCGCAAAGUGAUGGCCAGUCUUCUCAUCAUCGGGGCGAUUCCUUCUGGCCUUGCCGGAACCAUAUCAACUGCAAAUGGUCUCUACAUUGUCCGUUUCUUCAUUGGAAUUCUCGGUGCCACAUUUGUCUCUUGUCAAGCUUGGAACACUGCUUUCUUCGACAAGAAUGUCGUUGGUAGAGUCGAAUUCACAGCAAAUGCUUUAGGCGGAGGCUGGGGAAAUGCGGGCGGCGGCUUCACAUUCAUCAUCAUGAUCGCUCUCUUCAAUCAAUUGCUUGCUGACGGUAUGAGCCCGCACGUCGCCUGGCGGGUGGCAUUUGCAAUCGUUCCUGUCCCCAUUCUCCUUUCUGUUGCUGCUGCCACUCUAAUGUUUGGCACUGACCACCCUGCGGGCAAAUGGUGUGAUCGCUAUGAGGCUGUUGCCACUGCCCUUUCCGCGUCAGACAAUCAAACGGGCAGCAUCAAUGGCAAACAUGCAAAAACAAAGUCUGGUUAUGAUACCGAGACUGGAGACGAGAAGGACAUUCAGGUCACUGUCACUGCUAUAAACUUGGUUUCAGAAUUGGACACUGCUGUCAACAAACCACUUUCCCUGAACGUGGCGUACGAAAUCAUCUUAAACCCGCUGACCUGGCUGCCCUCAUUGGCUUAUAUGACUACUUUCGGUUACGAACUUGCUAUUGAUGCUAACCUGGCGACCGUUCUGUAUACACUACUCAAGUCCCCCACUUUUGGGCAGACCAAAGCUGGCUAUAUUGCAGGUAUCUACGGUCUCCUUAACGUGUUCGCCCGGUUGCUUGGCGGAUAUUUCGGAGACCUCAUAUAUGUCAAAUUUGGUGUGCCUGGCAAGAAGUACCUGACCAUCGCUUGUGGAGUUGUUCAAGGACUUUUAUCGGUUGGUCUUGGCCUUUACAUUGAUAACCACCCUCAUCCAACCCUCACGGUCAUUAUUGUGAUUUUUGUCAUCCUCGCAAUCUUCAAUGAGGUGGCCAAUGGAGCCAACUUCUCCCUUGUCCCACAUUGCAACCCCAACUCCAAUGGAUUUAUGACCGGAAUUGUAGGCGCCAUGGGAAAUCUUGGAGGGAUAUUCUUUGCGAUUAUCUUCCGCUUUGCGCCGUCUCCUUCUGGCAAGGCAUUUUGGAUUUCUGGUGUCAUCGCGAUUAGCGUGAAUCUCUUACUCUGUAUUAUCCGUGUACCACAGUUUUGAACAAGGGAGAAUUUCUUUAAGGGAAGUGUUUUUGUCUGUUCGUAUCGCGUCCAAAUACAUGAGCCUGUUAUAAAUUGCGUCUUGGUUGAUAUGUAUUAUAAAGAUAUUUCUGUACAGUCCCAUAUGAUAGUAAGAAUGAUAGCUAAGCGCUUCCAAAUUCUCAUCAAUCAGAGGAAGACUUCAAGUGUCAGUGUGAAAGCGGGCUUAAGCAGGAAAGUAUCGACUGCUACAUAGCUUUGAGUGACAUGCUGGUUGAAAGGCUUGUAUAGUUAUUCCCGCUACAGCAGUGCUCGAGUGGCGCUAGUCGAUCUCGGACAGAUUUCGGCAAUGGAAGCACAGAAUUUGAAUACUUGCAGUUGCUACUUUGGGUAGUCGAUGUUAGUCUCGGUAAAAGGACUCUAUACAUAGUACUAUAAGAGAAUGU